CCGAUCGGGAAGCCGGUCCUCCUCCUCCCCCUCCUCUCUCCGUCUACCGUGAUCCGUGUCCCCAGAUUCGUCCGCCAUCCGGUCUCAUCUCUCCUCCUCCCCCCCUCUCCCCUGCUCUCCGUCCCCGAGCUCCCACGCGCCCCCCACCCGACCAGCCCCGGCCGUCCCGCUCGUCUCUCCAGUCCGCGACCCCGGCGGCCGCCCCCACUCCGUCCCCGACCCUGCGGCGGCGCGUCCCGGCGUCCCAAGGGCUCGACUAACUUCUUCCAGCGCCUCUUCAGCGCGGGAGAUCUACCAGCGUCGGCGGAGGGGCGUAGGUGCAGGCGUGCAGCCCAAGUCCGCACCCGGCUCUAGGUUUCUGCUAAUCUUCUUCCACCUGUGAUACGCGCUCCGGGGCUAGGAGCACUCGUUGCCGGCUGCCUCGUGCUCGGAAUGGCGGAUGGGGACUCGUCCGACUUCACCUUCUGCAAGGUUGACUAUGCUGAAAAUGAUGGUCGUUUGGACUCCCCUAAUUCCAUCGCUGUGGCAAGUAUGACACUGGAGGAUGUUGCCGGUGAUGGUGAGACUAAGAAGGUUCAGGAUGACAAGCAAACAGUCAAUCCAGUUACUGAUGAAAAAUCUAGUUCCAUAUCUAGUCGCACCAAUGGUGUAUCGCUUCGAGAGUCCAAUAUAAAAGAACCAGUUGUACCAACCAGUAGUGGAGAGUCUGUGCAGUCAAAUGUGUCAGCUCAACCAAAACCUUUAAAGAAAUCUGCUGUACGUGCAAAGGUUCCUUUUGAGAAGGGCUUUAGCCCAAUGGACUGGCUUAAGCUGACUCGUACACAUCCAGAUCUGGCAGGGCUUAGGGGACAGUCAAACCGGAGGCUAAUUUCUUUGGAAGAAGUUAAGCAGCAUAAAACUGGAGAUUGUAUUUGGACAGUUUUGAAAGGCCGUGUGUACAAUAUUGGUCCCUACAUGAAAUUUCAUCCUGGAGGAGUUGAUAUGCUUAUGAAAGGUGCUGGAAAAGACUGCACUGCUUUGUUCAAUAAAUACCAUGCCUGGGUGAACGCAGAGUUCCUCUUGGAGAAAUGCCUCGUGGGAUACCUGGAUCCCAAUGAGUAGAUCACGCUCUAGCUGGUUCUCAGGGUCGGGUACAGUUUGGUCGCCUGGAGAUGAUCUGAAGAAUGUAAACAACGCGUUGAUGCAGUAUAGUGGAGAUAGGUUGAUCAACAUUUUCUACAGAAAAUAGAUGAAUAAACAAAUUUGAUGAUGAUGCUCCUCGCAAAACAAAUUGUUAUCACGGGCUGCUGUAUAAAGAAGGUACUCCCUCUAGGCAGCUCUAGUACAAUUUUACUAAAGUUGUACUAUAGUUGCGUCAAUUAAUUUGGAUCGGAGGGAGUACUACAUGUUGGGUAUCUGUGUUGCUGGGCGGUCUUAUUUCAGAAAGGGCAUAAAAAUGGAGCUUCUGUUUU